AUGGCUCUUUUAAAGAAAAUUAACCACAUCUUACUGUUACUUCUUGUCUUAACUGUGUGCGCUAUUCUGUACAACAAAGUUCACCAAGUGCCAUUGGCAUUAAGAAAUGAAACAGAAAUGGAUUUGGAGAGCCCUGAGGAAAUGGAAGAAGAAAUCCCAGUGGUGAUCUGCGCUGCUGCAGGCAGGAUGGGUGCAGCUGUAGCAGCCAUCAGCAGCAUCUACAGCAACACAGAGGCCAGUGUUUUGUUCUACAUCGUUGGGCUGAAGACAACCAUCCCACAUAUUCGAAAAUGGAUUGAAAAUUCUAAACUGAAAGAAAUAAAAUUUAAGGUUGUGGAAUUCAAUCCUAUGGUACUAAAAGGAAAAAUCAGACAAGAUGCAUCACGUCCUGAACUACGGCAGCCUCUGAACUUCGUUCGAUUUUAUCUUCCUUUGCUUAUCCAGAAACAUGAGAAAGUAAUAUAUUUGGAUGAUGAUGUCAUUGUUCAAGGUGAUAUCCAGGAACUCUAUGAUACUAAGUUAGCUCCUGGACAUGCAGCUGCUUUUUCAGAUGAUUGUGAUCUGCCUUCUACACAUGAAAUGGUUAGAAGUGUGGGGAUGCAGAACACAUACAUGGGAUUCCUGGACUACAGAAAGCAAGCCAUUAGAGAUCUUGGCAUCAGCCCCAGCACCUGCUCCUUUAAUCCUGGAGUAAUUGUUGCUAACAUGACUGAAUGGAAACAUCAGCGGAUUACAAAGCAGUUGGAAAAGUGGAUGCAAAGAAAUGUAGAGGAAAACCUCUACAGCAGCACUCUUGGAGGAGGCGUGGCAACCUCUCCAAUGCUGAUUGUAUUUCAUGGAAAAUAUUCCUCUAUUAAUCCUAUGUGGCACAUAAGGCAUCUUGGUUGGAGUCCUGAUGCCCGUUACUCAGAGCAGUUUCUUCAAGAAGCUAAAUUACUUCACUGGAAUGGGAGAUACAAACCCUGGGACUACCCCAGUGUCCACACUGAUCUCUGGGAAAACUGGUUUAUUCCUGACCCUUCAGGGAAGUUCAAAUUAACUCGUCCUGAUAGCUGA